ACCGAGCUUGUUUAGACAUGGCGGCCAAUGUAUGACAACAUUGCCGACGACAGGCUAUAUAUUGUGGAUUUACGAAAAACACAAACGCCAUGGAUUCCAGCUAUCGAUCUGCCUUGAUGAAUGAGAGCCCAAAUGUAGGUCAGCUGACCAGUCAGAUGAAUGAACUGAAGAUUGACCUGUACAACUUUGAGGAUCCCCACUAUGAGGAUGGCAAGUAUGUACUGACCAGUCCAAGGUCACUGGAGGCUUGCGCAAAGCUUGGUGUCAAGCCAGUGGACAUAUUGUACAAGCCCCUGGCAGAAUUCCAAGAGGAGCUGCUACCUCAGGAUGUGCCUCUCCGCACCAUCUACAACAUCUACGAUGACCAUGAACAACAACGACAGAUUAAAUUAAAAAUGGCACGUGAUGAGAGAAACAAACUGACGGAACAGGAAAAACAAGUUAGGAACAGGAAUAAAAAAAUUAAUUCUGGGAACAAGUACUCUGGUCUGGCGAAAAAAUCUAUGAGGAAAUCUAGAUUGUUCAGGUCUAACUCUGAUGAGGACCUGAGCCAGGUGAGAGGAAGUGUCCAGCGCCAGAGGACAGCCUGGGCCACGUCUAUAGGACAUAAACGAGUCUCAGACACUGACAUCAACAAAAGAGCCAAUGAAUUACAUGAGGAAAGUUUAAAAUUGCGGAAUGAACUGUUGUCUAAAAAAGAAAGAGUAAGACCUAGACCAAAGUCAGCACAAAGUGGAAGGAUCAAAAGAAAGGGAUCUGGAAGGUCGUCUGUGGCAAGGUCAAGGUCACGUAGUACAUCCAACUUGUCACUGAACAGCUCAAGUGGGUCUAGAUCUUGUCUCCUUAACAAGUCUUCCAUUAAGGAUGCCCGCCCUAUUUCUAAUCCCUCCCUCAGGAAAACUCUCAGUUCCUCAUCUGUAGAUCUGCGCUCCACCUGUAUCACUCCCAGGGAUGAAAAGAUCUUGGAGCUGAUGAUGAGUAAGGGUGAAGAGGAGAAAGCUGUCAGCCGUGACCGGUACAUGGCAGACCUCGCCUGGGACAUACAGCGCAAACGAGAGGAAGAGGCAAAGAUAGCAUCAGAGAUGAGGAGGCGGGAGCUACUUGCUGAGGAAAAUAGAAUCAGACAUCGUAGAAAGGUGGUGACAGAGAAGCAACGACUAGAGGUUGAGGCAGAGGUACUAGAGGCAAGAGAACGGUCGCUGAGAGAGAGCGCCGCACAGUGGAAACACUCCUCCCAUAUACAGCUCACCAUGAGGGAUAUGAAAUUGGCUGAAAGAAAAGAAAAAGAGCAGUUGAAAAAGUUAUCACAGGAACGUAAUAGACAGUUGAUGGAGCAUGAUGAGGAUGAGAUGAACGAGUUAGUAUUGGAUAAACACCGGACUGACAUUCACUCCGCUGCUCAACGCAAAGAAGCUAAACUUCUACAGGAAUCCAUGAAAAAAGUGAUGGAGAAUAGAAACAAGAGGAACACAUUUGAGGAUCGACGCAAACUGAUAGAUGAGAUAACUGAACAAGACCAAGACCACAGGAAGCAUUCCAUACACAAACGCCACAGUUCUGCCGAGGUCAACCUCCAGCUGGUCACCCAACAGAAGGAGAAUGAACUCCGUAUGAGUCAACUGGAGCGAGAGAAGAGAGCACUAUCGGCCAAACUGUCACAGAAGAAACUAGACCAGGAGCUAGAGGAAUGGCGUAGUAGUGUCAAGAGUCAUAGGAAAGCUGCAGAGCGCCACGCAACUGAAGUCAGUGCCCAUAACACAGAUAUGAAAGCACGCAAAGCUCACGAAGAACGAGUACUACGAGAGCAGGCUCAGAAAAGUGGCAUCAAAAAGGUGCAUAAGGAGAUGGAGACUUGGAGACGGGAUACAGAGGCUGACCUGCUGUGGAAAGACAGGAAGGCCAAUGCUGUCUUACAGGACAAGGAGACCACAAUACAACAGUCGCGGCACGUCGCACACCAGUCGUCCAAACUUCGCAGCGAGUUAAAGGAGAAAUAUGGAUCUGAGAGUUUUGACAAGAAAGCUUUCCGUGUUGAACUGUUUCAUCAGAUCGGUCUGGGACAUCUCUCUAAUAAGAAGGCAGUAUAGCAACUGUUAACAAGCUGAAGUUAACUUUAAUAUGAUCAUCACCUCCUGUCAGACUCAGUGCUGAAGACACCUGGCAGGGACAGUUAAUCUGUGAUAUGUUUAAUGUUGGUAAUUUAUAGAAGAUGGUGUAUCAGGAAUUCCUUCCCUCUGUUGGAGACAAGCAAAGUUUUCCACUAUAGGAAAUUCAACAAUUGAAACAGCAUCAUCAGAGGAAUGGGGUUUUUAAUUUUCGGCACUUACCAAAAAAAACAGUAAUUCAGUUUUCACAACACACUCAGAAACAUAUAUUCAGAUGUAGUUGUAAUUUCAAUCUUAGUUCCAAAAAUCAGUGUCUGGACAGUGAGAAUGUAAAUUCCAGCGAGGUCCCAUUAAGGGGUGUUGUGUGUGUUUGUUAAGGUCAGAGAGGUGUGUUAGGUAUGAUUUGUAAGAGUGCAUGUGUACAUGUAUUUAUUGACAGUACCCGUAUAUCUGAGUGUGUGUUUAUGUCUGUAACUGAACAUGUAUAAGGUUGCAGGUAUUCUUUCUGAUACCUGUGUUUUAAUUGUAAAAUUGUGAUAUGUUAUAUACACUAUAAGUACUACUAUUAUAAUUAUGUGUACAAGUGUAGGUAAAUGUGUGUAUAGAUGUAAAUUACACACAAGUACACACGUGUAGCAUUGGAGAUGUAAAUUACACACAAGUACACACGUGUAGCAUUGGAGAUGUAAAUUACACACAAGUACACACAUGUAGCAUUGUGACAUACAUUUUUGUACAUUGUGUGUAUGAGUGUGUACACCAGUACAAGGACAUGUAUAUAUGUGCGAGUGUGUUCGUGCUUACUGUCUUACACUUUGUGAUAGAAGUGUAAUGACAUGUUAGAUAGUUUAUGUAUACACGUAGUUUAAAUAUUAUAAAUUUGUUAAAA